CUUUAACCCUUAUGUCAUUGUAGCUUUUUCACUUCGAAAAUGGCAGAUGCAGAGCUCGUGAAAGUUCUGAAGGAUAUACACUAUAAAGUGCAAACGGCUAGUUUGAAAGAAAGAAAAGGGGUUGUAGAAGAUGUCAUUCAAGUGUUGGAACAUUCCAAUAUAUCUGAGAAUAUAAUAAAAGGAAUAUGCAAAGUUUUAUUGUUGACUCUACCAAGGUACAGAGAUAGCUUCUCUCAACAGCUUGUAAGGAACUUGAUCACCAGCCUACUGAAAGAUCAUCCUGCCCUAUCAAUAAAAUGUCUUACAUCAAUCCUAUUAGAUUUUGCUACUCAGCACAAAAAUAUAGUCAUUACAAACAACACUAGUAAAACUGCAUUAUUUGCUUUGAGCUGGUCCACUAUUUUAUUCACAGAUGGGUGGAAGAAUGAUCCAUCCACUCUGCAAGCUAAUUUACCUCAAAUUGUUGAGCUGCAAAGUUACUUGAUAACAUCCAUUCUGGGAGCUGAUAAUUCUAAAAGAAGAAACAAGGCCUAUGCAUUGUUGAACAGUGCUUGGUCUUAUGUAGCUGAUAGUGAAAAAUUGUAUUUGGAUGUGCUAAUAAGUGGGGAACAAAGUCAAUAUUCAGUGGUAUUGGCAUCUGUAUUAUUUCAAAGAUUAACAAAUAACAAGGGAGAGCUAUUGAGGGCCUAUUUGAAUCAAUUUCUGGACAGUUUCAUAAAGAACUUUAUCAGCACCAAAGUCCGACCUUCUCCCAACAUAAUAAUAGCAUGUUAUCCACUUAUAUCUCAAGCAAACAUUGAUUUAUUCAAAAAAACAAUAUUGCCUGCUUUACAAAAAGCAAUGUUGAGGAAUCCAGAGAUAAUUCUGGAGUGUGUGGGUUUGGUUUUAUCAGGAAUUCAACUGGAUCUCAGUGAUUGUGCCAAUGAAAUUGGAACAAGCCUGAUAGCUAAUUUACAUUCCAAAGAUGACAAAGCAAGAGAAGAAGCUGCAGAAUCUUGUAGAAGACUUGCAGAAAAAAUUAGUAAUCAAAAAGCAUUAGAAGAAUUGCUGAAAAAAACAUUUGCAGUAUUCCAUGGAUCAGAUGGGAAAUUGACAGUUAUUGAUCAUAAAAUCAGUGUGCUGCAGGGUGCAGGAAAUUUAAGUCAUAAUGCUGCCACAGAUGAAAACCUACAAAAUUUAAUAGUCCAUGCUGCUGAACACUUCAUCAAAGUAUUAGAAAAUGAAGUGCAUGAGAAAACUUUGAGUCAUGCCUUGGAUAUGAUGUCUUUGUGGACCACAAAAUCAAUCAAGGAAGUGCCAAACAAAAUUCUUGAAGCUUUCAAGAAUGGGAUGUCACUGAAAACAUCCACACCUUUAGUGAAGAUAUCUUACAUGCAAUGCAUGCUUUCAACAUUCAACACAAAGAGCAUCUCUCAAAUCACAGUGCUGGUGCCAAAUUUAUUAAAAUCUGUUGACAAAGCUAUUUCCCAACCUACAGUAGCAUUAUCUGUCAGUGAAGGUUUAUGUGCAUCACUUUUGCUGUUGAAACUUGUGGGUAAUCAGCAGGAGAAAGACAACACUUUCCAGAACAUGUGGAAUGCUCUGCUGGAUAUGGACAAACAAAUUUUUCUUUCUGAAAAGUAUUUACUGUCUUGUACAGAGGACAAUCUGGUUUAUGUCAUGCAAUUGUGCGAGAAUCUUCUAGUAGCACACCCGGAAAAACUGAAGAGAGCUGACCCCAUUCACAGAGCUCUCUUACACUGUACCAUGCACCCUUCUACAUUAACAAGACGCAAAUGCCUUGUUGUACUCAAAAGGAUCAUAGGCAGCCUCAGUGGUGUUGCUGUGGCAAGGUCCCUUUUCAAGGAAAUGCCCAGAUUUUUGGAUGCCAACAAAGUGGUUUCCAAGGCAGAAAGGGAGGACCACAAGGAAGGGGAGAAUAUUUAUUACCUUACUGGGCACUCCAUCAUUGAAUGUAUCACAACUCUGUGCUCUCUGAAGGGUAUUUCUACUGAAGAUGUGCAGCUGUUGGCACUUGAUGCUUUGCUACCAACCCAUCAUUUUUCUGUGGCCGGUUUGGCGCCAGAUUUGUGGGUGAAAAUAGUCAGACAUUUUGAAUGCAAGCCUAGAGAUUUGAUUGCACAGAGAGCCUCUCAUUUUAGGCAGGUUCUAGUGGAAAAAUAUACAAAUACACCUACGAAUGAAAAUGCUUUAUCUACUCUUGUAUCACUCAACCCAGACGUACUAUUACCCAAUAUCAUCCAUAAUGUAACCACACAUUUAGAAGAUCCAAGAAUUUGUCAGGUUUCUAAGGAUGAUUAUUUCACUUAUUUGACACCAGAUGACCAACUUUAUGACAAGAGUGUUAUACCAGGUGAUACAAGCACUGCAGAGUUAAAUAUGAAAAGGGAGAGUAAAGUGUACAGUUUCAAAGAACAACAAGAAGAGUUGCAGUUGCGAAGAGAGUUGGAAGAGAAAAAGAGGAAAGAAGGAAAAAUCAAGGCGCCACAGUAUACUCCCAAACAAUUGGAAGCCAUCAAGAAUCAGAAAACCAAAGAGCAGGGUAUCCGGAAUAAAUUGAAGGAAUUAAACACGAUAAUUCAGAAUUCCAUAUCCAUGAUACAAGCAGCGGCUAGGGGCAAUCCCAUACAAAUGUCCCUCCAUCUGAAAGACCUCAUCCCUCCGAUUCUGCAAGGCUUGCAGUCUCCCCUAGCCGCGCCGCAUCUCUGCAAGCUCUUCGCCAGCCUGGGGACAACAGUCUUCCCCAAACAUCUGGAAAAUCUGAGCAAUCUCAUCGCCUAUGUUACUCUCAGGCUGGCCAGACCCCAGUGCGACCUGGACGCCAACUGGGAAUCGGAGAACCUGAACAAGGCGAUGGUCCGCACCGUUGGCCUCGUUCAUUCGAUGACAGUGCCCAAAAAAACCGAAGAAGAGCACGUGCAAGAGUGCUUCAGCGUGCCGGCCUUCACCUACGCCUUUCCCCUGCUGAAGUUCAGCAUCAGCUCGAACCAUGCCAGGAACCACAACGAGGUGAUUCAUGACGCUUUGCAGAUCAUCGCUGAACAUGCUAAGCAGCGGGGGAGAGAGGAGAAUGGGACCAAAGACUUGCAUCAUCCGCAGUAUUUGCCGACCAAGCAGAUUUUCAGCCUUCUUGUUGACACAAUCAACAGCACCUCAGGCAGGGUCCAAUCCCAAUGCGAGGCCUGCCUGCUGGAGGUGGCGGCGUGCGUGAGCGGCGCUCCCGGCUGCGCCUGCGCCACCUCCGCGGAGAUCGACGUGCUGCUGGGCGCGCUGCAGAGCCCCAGCGCCGUGGUGCGCGACGCUGCCCUCCGCUGCCUCGCCAUCGACGUCGCCUGUCUGCCGACCUUCGAGGGCGACUACGAGUACGCCCUCAGGGUGGUCAAGCGGGUGUGGGUGGCCACCUUCGAUCCGGUCGACGAGAACAGGAUAUUGGCCAAAGACUUAUGGGAGCAAGCAGACAUGAACUUCCCUGCUAGCUUGAGUGAGGAGCUCAUGAGUGAUAUUGAACACCCUGUAGAGUGCGUUCAGGCAGCGGCUGCAAAGGCUCUCGCCUCUCUAUUAGAAACUGAUACCGAUCAGGUCGAUAACACUCUGCAUCAUCUGAUUCAACUUUACAAUGAUCGAUUGAAGAUGAUUCCAGCAAGGAUGGACGAAUUCGGCAGAGAAAUCGAAAAGGCGAUAGACACUUGGUUCCCUAGGAGAGGUGUCGCUUUGGCACUCUCCGAAUUGGCACCACUGAUAACCCCAGAGAUCAUCGGUAGCUUAGUACAAUUUUUCGUAGCCACGUCUUUGGCAGAUCGAAACGAGACUGUCAGAAAAGAAAUGUUGAAUGCGGCCCUUCGAGUUGUUGAUCUACAUGGAAAAGAAUCUGUUGAUACUCUUUGGCCCAUCUUCGACGAAUUCAUGGCGAAAUCAUCGAAAUCAGCUUCCUACGAUGCCGUCAAACAAGCAGUCGUGGUCCUGAUGGGUUCUCUUUCUAGGCACUUGGACAAAGACGACCCGAGGAUAAAACCAAUCUUCCAGCGAUUGAUUCAGGCCUUAUCUACUCCUUCUCAAACGGUCCAGGAGGCCGUCUCGAACUGCCUGCCCUUCCUCGUGCCCUCCGUCAAGGAGGACGCGCCCGGCUACGUGAACAAGCUGCUGCACCAGCUGCUGAAGGGCGACAAGUACGGGGAGCGCAAGGGAGCCGCCCACGGUCUGGCCGGGCUGGUCAAGGGCAUGGGCAUCCUGGCGCUCAAGCAGCACGACAUCAUGGCCAAGCUGACGGAGGCCAUCCAGGACAAGAAGAACUACAAGCACAGGGAAGGCGCCCUGUUCGCGUUCGAGAUGCUCUUCCAGACGUUGGGCAAGCUGUUCGAGCCGUACGUGGUGCACGUGCUGCCCCACCUGUUGCAGUGCUUCGGCGACUCCAGUCAGCACGUGCGCACGGCGGCCGACGACGCUGCCAAGGUGGUGAUGGGCAGGCUGUCGGGACACGGGGUCAAGCUGAUCCUGCCCUCAUUGUUGGAGGCGCUCGAGGAGGACUCGUGGCGGACGAAAACGGGUUCUGUGGAACUGUUGGGUGCUAUGGCGUAUUGUGCCCCCAAACAGCUGUCAUCUUGUCUUCCCAGUAUAGUUCCGAAGCUGAUAGAAGUGUUGAGUGAUUCGCACAUGAAGGUUCAGGAAGCCGGAGCAGCCGCGUUGAAAGUCAUUGGUUCCGUUAUUAGAAAUCCAGAAAUUCAAGCCAUUGUCCCCGUGCUGCUGAAAGCCCUGCAGGACCCAUCGAACAAGACGUCCGUCUGUCUGCAAACGCUCCUCGACACGCAAUUCGUCCACUUCAUCGACGCCCCCUCGCUGGCGCUGAUCAUGCCCGUCGUGCAGCGCGCCUUCAUGGACAGGUCGACGGAGACGCGCAAGAUGGCCGCCCAGAUCAUCGGCAACAUGUACUCGCUCACCGACCAGAAAGACCUUAUGCCCUACCUGCCGACCAUCAUUCCGGGAUUGAAGAAUUCGCUCUUGGAUCCUGUUCCAGAGGUCAGGUCGGUGAGCGCCCGAGCGCUGGGCGCCAUGGUGCGCGGCAUGGGCGAGUCGAGCUUCGAGGACCUGCUGCCCUGGCUGAUGUCGACGCUGACGUCGGAGACCAGCUCGGUGGACCGGUCGGGUGCCGCCCAGGGCCUGUCCGAGGUGGUGGGCGGGCUGGGCGUGCAGAAGCUGCACAAGCUCAUGCCGGAGAUCAUCAGCACGGCCGAGCGGACCGACAUCGCCGCCCACGUCAAGGACGGGUACAUCAUGAUGUUCAUCUACAUGCCGGUGGUGUUCACCAACGAGUUCACCCCGUACAUCGGCCAGAUCAUCGUGCCCAUCCUGAAGGCGCUCGCCGACGAGAACGAGUACGUCAGAGACACGGCGCUGAAGGCCGGCCAGCGCAUCGUCACUCUCUACGCCGAGUCGGCCAUACAGCUGCUGCUGCCCGAGUUGGAGAAGGGGCUGUUCGACGAGAACUGGAGGAUUCGAUACAGUUCCGUUCAGCUGUUGGGCGAUCUCCUGUACCGCAUCUCCGGAGUGACCGGCAAGAUGAGCACGGAAACAGCAAGCGAGGACGACAACUUCGGCACGGAACAGUCUCACGCCGCCAUCAUCAGGGCGUUGGGCGCGGAGAGACGCAACCGCGUGUUGGCCGGGCUGUACAUGGGCCGGUCGGACGUGGCGCUGAUGGUCAGACAGGCGGCGCUGCACGUGUGGAAGGUGGUGGUGACCAACACGCCGAAGACGCUCAGGGAGAUCUUGCCGACGCUGUUCAGCUUGCUGCUCGGAUGUUUGGCGAGCGACAGCUACGACAAGCGCCAAGUGGCUGCCCGCACCUUGGGCGACCUCGUGCGCAAACUGGGCGAGCGCGUCCUGCCCGAGAUCAUCCCCAUCCUGGAACGCGGUCUGCGGUCGCCGCGCGCCGACCAGCGCCAGGGCGUCUGCAUCGGCCUCUCCGAGAUCAUGGCGUCCACGUCCCGCGAGAUGGUGCUCACGUUCGUGCACUCGCUAGUGCCGACGGUGCGCAAGGCCCUGUGCGACCCGCUGCCCGAAGUGCGACGGGCGGCUGCGCGUACGUUCGAUAGUUUGCACGCCACGGUAGGGGCGAGGGCGCUGGAUGACAUCCUGCCCGCUUUGUUGAAUCAGCUGAACGACGAGGACCCGGACGUAGUCGAAUGGACGUUGGACGGCCUGCGGCAAGUGAUGGCGAUCAAAUCGCGAGUGGUGCUGCCCUACCUGGUGCCCCAGCUGACCGCGCCGCCCGCCAACACGAAGGCGCUGUCCAUCUUGGCGUCGGUGGCCGGCGAGGCGCUCAACAAGUACCUGCCGCGCAUCCUGCCCGCGCUGCAAGCGGCGCUGGCCACUUCGAGGGGCACCCCACAAGAAUCGGAGCAAUUGGAGUACUGCCAAGCGGUCGUCCUCUCCGUCGUCGACGACGUCGGCGUCCGCACCAUCAUCGACACCAUGCUGGAGAACUCGAAGAGCGACGACGCCGCUCAGCGUCGCGCCGCCGCCACCCUCCUGUGCGCCUUCUGCGCCAACUCGACGGCCAAGUACGCGGCUCACGUGCCGCAGCUGCUCAGAGGGCUGAUCCACCUGUGCACGGAUAAGGACGAGGAGGUGCUGAGGAUGGCGUGGGAGGCGCUCAACGCCGUCACCAAGACCCUCGAAGCCAAGCAGCAAGCGACGUACGUGUCGGACGUGCGCCAAGCCGUCCGCUACGCCAUGUCGGACAUGCGCGGCACCUCCGACCUGCUGCCCGGCUUCUGUCUGCCCAAGGGCAUCGCGCCCGUGCUGCCCAUCUUCCGCGAGGCCAUCCUCAACGGCGACGGGGACGAGAAGGAGGGCGCCGCCCUCGGGCUGGGCGAGGUGAUCGCGGUGACGAGCGCGCAGGCGCUGCAGCCGAGCGUCGUGUCGAUCACUGGGCCGCUGAUCAGGAUAUUGGGCGACCGGUUCAGCGCCAACGUGAAGACGGCCGUGCUGGAGGCUCUGGCGGUGUUGCUGGCCAAGGUGGGAAUUAUGCUCAAACAAUUCUUGCCGCAACUGCAAACGACCUUUGUGAAAGCCUUGAACGAUCCGAACCGCUCCGUCAGGCUGAAAUCGGCCGCCGCUCUGGGUUAUCUGAUUGGAAUCCAUCAGAGAGCUGAUCCCCUCUUCACAGAACUCCACAACACAGUGAAAAACACAGAAGAUAUCUCUAUCAAGGAAACAACACUACAUGCUCUCAGAGGCAUCAUAUCGCCAGCUGGGAAUAAAAUGUCCGAACCUGUCAAAAGGCAAGUGCAUGCCACCCUGCUCAUUUAUCUCGGAACGCCAGAAGACACUGUCAGAAAGUGUGCUGCCGGUUGUUUGGGGGCCCUGUGCAAAUAUCUGCAGCCCGAUCUGCUCGAGUCUACCCUUUCGGAUCACAUUUUAUGCGACGACAAUUCUGCCAACAAUACCCUGCGCGACGGAAGGGCCGCAGCUUUAUCGGUGGCCUUGAAAGAAGCGCCAGCGACGUUGUGGGACGAACAGUACAGGAAGAAACUCGUCCAGACCUUGCUGAACCAACUGUCUUCUGAUGCGACCACGCAGAUAGCGAUACGGUCGUGCGGAUAUCUUUUGCAUUAUUUGUUGCAAAAUGAAGAGGCUAUUCCUAAUAAUUUGCUUGUACCCUUCGUGAGGACAAUGAACAAUAACAGCAAUGAAGUGAAACAGUUAUUAGCUCGCGUGUCAUUUUAUUUAGCCAAAACCAUUCCUCAAGAGAAAAUGUCACCAGACCUGUUGAGAAUGCUGUUGCCCACUCUAGUGAAUGGCACCAAAGAAAAGAACGUUUACGUAAAGGCAAAUUCCGAAAUCGCAUUAAUUGCGAUUUUGAGGUUAAGGGAGGGAGACUCAAUGUUUCAGAAAUGUCUGAAUGUACUGGAUGUUGGACCUAGAGAGUCCUUAUCAGAUGUUGUGAGUAAGGUCCUGAAGAAAAUACUGUCCCAGCCAGAGGGAAAAGAAGAAGAAUUGGAUGAUACUCUACUAACUUGAUCAUUAGAAUAUUUCCCGAGAGUGAUUUUGGAACUGUCUUAUCAUAUAAGCAUACUUUUAAUUUUUGGUUUUUAUACAAAUAUUGCAAUUGUAAUAUUUCAUUUUCAGUUGAUUAUUGUUGAGGAAUAUGCAGCAAGUAAAGUGUUGAUGUAUAGUCGAAUCGUUCGUUUUAUUAGUAAAAACUUCAAACUAUAACCUAACCUAUCAGUACAAUAAUAGUCCUAUGGAUAAAAUAAAAAAAUAAAAAUACAAUUUCAACCCAACUGAAAUUGAUGGAUGGCAUUAUUGUCCUGAUACGUAUAAAUCACCGUUUCUGUAGCCCCGUUUUCAGUUGUUAACAAAUUAUUAGCUGACGUGUCUAAAAAAUAUCAUUAGUCUUACUGGGUAGCUCCAAAUAUGUUCUCAACUUACUGAAUGUGGACUCUUCGGGCAUUUCAUCAAACAUGAUAUCGCCAUUGAGAUUUUUAUCGCUUUUGG